CAUGUGAACUCCUGUCUUUCUAGAUCUAUCAGUCCUGGCUAGACAAGUCCACGCCUUACACAACCGUGCGAUGGGUGGUGACACUGGGCCUGAGCUUCGUCUAUAUGAUUCGAGUUUACCUCCUGCAGGGCUGGUACAUCGUGACCUACGCCUUGGGGAUCUACCACCUCAAUCUUUUCAUAGCCUUUCUCUCGCCCAAAGUGGACCCUUCCUUGAUGGAGGACUCAGAUGAUGGCCCCUCAUUACCAACCAAACAGAACGAGGAGUUCCGACCCUUUAUUCGAAGGCUUCCAGAGUUUAAAUUUUGGCAUGCGGCGACCAAGGGCAUCCUCGUGGCCAUGGCCUGCACCUUCUUUGAGGCUUUCAAUGUCCCGGUGUUCUGGCCCAUCCUGGUGAUGUACUUCAUCAUGCUUUUCUGUAUCACCAUGAAGAGGCAAAUAAAGCACAUGAUAAAGUACCGGUACAUCCCGUUCACGCACGGCAAGAGGACGUACAAGGGGAAGGAGGACGCAGGCAAGACGUUUGCGAGCUAGGUGCUCGGCCGGACCCACCACAGAGUCUGAGGACGGUUCUGAGCCAUUGUAACAAUGCCUUCUUCCUUCACAUAAAGUAGUUGAUUUCGAGGGAGUCGAAUUUUCUUUUUAAAAAGGAGCUUCAAUGAUUUGUAACUGAAAUAUCAGGUUCUUGAAGAAACUGACAUUUAAACCAAAUUGCAUUGAUUUAUUUUUCAGUGACAUUCAAGUGUUCAAAUGGACAGAAUUCUAGUAAACUGCUGCCUGGGCGGACAGCCGGGUUGGGGGCGCGGGGAGGGGCGGGCGGUCUCUGUUGCUGGGCGGCCGUGGAACAGACCUACACGGAAGGAGCCGGGUUGUGCCCCAGCUGCCCCCACCCUGGACGCCCGUGGCCACAUCACCCAGCUGGAGGAUGAUGCUAACCUGAUUCCUGCGCGUUGGAAGAACAUUUGAAAGGUGAUUUCCAAGUAACUCUGGGGUUCUAAUGCCAGUUUCCCACUUCCAUCUCACCAGAGAUGUUUAAAGUUGGUGUCUUAUCAUAAUGACUCAAAACUUUGUUCUUAAUUACCAUGAUUGCUUUUGAGGGCCUGGAAUUAUAAAUAUAUAUAUUAUAUUUUAAUUGUUUGGAAUUAUUUUGACACAUUUGAUACCUAAAGAGUUGUUUUUGAUUAAUUUGAAGUUGUUCUCAUGCAGUGGCCCCUUUACAGAAACAAUGGGCAAGGGCAGACCAGUUUGUGGGUUUUCACACACGGCUUCUCACUUUCUAUGGGAAAACAGAACUCUGACCCACAUGUCAACUUUUUUGAUGUGAUAAAAACAAAUACUCGUAAACAUUUUACUAAGUGACUUUUUAAUUCCAACUUUAUUAAAGACAGUGUCCCCUUU